AUUAAAAUCUUUCUUAUUAUAAAUAUCGAAAAAAUUAUCAAAAAUAAUCUAACUUUUAAUCAUUUGCUUUGAAUAAUCCCAUCUUUAAAUUAUUUUUUAUUAAUCCAACCUUUUGUACGUUUUUUCUCCCAAUAUACCCAACCUCCUAAUUCACCUCAACACCACCCCUUCCCUCACCCAUAAUGUAUGUGGGAGCAAAUACAUAUUAAAAAUAAAAUUAUUAAAAUAAUCAAUAAUAAAAUUAUUGACGGCAAAAGAUUGAAAAGUUAAAUUAUUUUUUACAAUUUUUUGAGUACGCCACUAGCCGUGGCCCAUAAAGCUCAUGCUAUACUCCAAUCUCCCUAUUUAAGACUAGUCCAGUAAGUCCACCUUUGAUUCUCGAUUUGCUCUCUAUCUUCAACAUUUCCCGCUCAUCACUAAUGGCUUUCUCUUUCUUUUUACCACUUCUCACAAAAUGGAGAAAAGUCUAAAACCUUGAAAAAUAUUUCAAAAAAGUGUACUAAAACAAGAGGUACACUUUUUGAUUUUCUCAUCUCAAGAACAAAAUCUGAAUUUAACCCAUUAUUUUGUUACUAAUCCAACCAAGAUCUCAAUCCAUUUCAUACAUACCCAUCUAAAAUGGAGUAUCAGUUAUCUGAAAUUUGGGUUAUUCUAAAAUGGGUAGUUCCAUAUUUAGCAACAUUUAUAGCAUUGCUUAUCUUAAUCGAACAAAUCACAUACCUAAAGAAGAAGUCAAAUCUUCCAGGUCCAUUAAUGGUGUUUCCUUUCCUCGGUAAUGUCUCAUCCCUGGUUCGAGACCCAGCUAAGUUCUGGGAUGUCCAAGCCGACUACGCCAAAUCGUCACCCCUUGGAAUAUCCGCCAAUUACAUCAUCGGCAAGUUCAUGCUGUUCAUCAGAGAUUCAGAAAUGAGCCACAAGAUCUUCGCUAAUGUUCGACCCGAUGCGUUUCAGCUUAUCGGUCAUCCUUUUGGGAAGAAAUUGUUUGGUGAGCAUAACAUGAUUUAUUUAUAUGGUCAAGAACAUAAAGAUCUUCGCCGACGAAUCGCUCCCAAUUUCACACCAAAAGCAUUGGCUACCUAUUCUGAUAUUCAACAGAUUGUGAUUCUGAAGCAUUUGAAAAAGUGGACGGAAUUGUCCGUAAACGGGUCUAGACCCGUUUCGCUUCGGUUAAUCGCAAGAGAAAUGAAUCUAGAAACUUCUCAGAAUGUUUUCGCUGGGCCGUAUUUGGAUAAAGAAGCGCGUGAACAGUUCAAAGUAGAUUACAAUUACUUCAAUUUGGGGGUUAUGGCGUUACCCAUCGACCUACCGGGUUUCGCCUUCCGAGAUGCUCGACUCGCCGUGGAUCGGUUGGUUACUACACUGAGUCAAUGCGUUGAAGUGAGCAAAACAAAAAUGGUGGCAGAUGAAGAACCCAAUUGUCUGGUCGAUUACUGGAUGCAAGACAUGGUUCGAGAAGAAAGAGAAUCCGGAUCCGAAUGGGUAAACCCACCACCAAAUUGUAGCAACCGUGAGAUCGCCGCCCAUGUAUUUGACUUCCUAUUUGCAGCACAAGAUGCGUCUACAUCAUCCCUACUAUGGGCCGUCACCUUACUAGAUUCCCACCCAGAAGUUCUCUCGAAAGUUCGAGAAGAAGUGGAAUCAAUCUGGAACCCAGAAUCCAAUUCCUUAAUCACACCCGAACAGCUCAUAUCCAUGAAAUACACACAAGCGGUGGCGCGUGAGGUGGUCAGGUACCGCGCUCCGGCGACACUAGUACCCCACGUGGCACGUGAGGAAUUCAAAAUCGCUGAAAAUUACACAAUCCCCAAAGGAACCCUAAUUUUUCCGUCAGUUUAUGAAUCGUCUUUUCAAGGGUUUAUCGACCCGGAUCGAUUCGACCCGGAUCGAUUCUACUCGGAUGAAAGAAGAGAAGAACAAUUAUACAAGAGGAAUUUCCUGGUAUUUGGUGCUGGUGGACAUCAAUGUGUAGGACAAAGAUACGCGCUGAAUUUGCUGGUAUUGUUCAUCUCCAUGUUCUCAAGUUUAAUUGAAUUUAAACGACAUCGCUCUGAUGGUUGUGAUGAUCUUAAUUUUUGUCCUACAAUUUGCCCUAAAGAUGAUUGUGUGGUUUCUCUCUCUAAAAGGUGUGUUAAUUUCCCUACUCUGUCACUAUCUCUCCCUUGACCAUCUUGGACCAAAUUAUUUUCUUAGGUUUUUUUUUUUUUUUUUUUUUCUCUUUGGUCUCAUCAAAAUCCCGUUUAUAGUUUCUAAUGAGCGUAAUAAGAUCCCUUUCGUAGUUUCUAAUGGGCGGGAUCCGAUCAUAGAAAACUAUCCAAAUUUCCGAUCAUAAAUUUUAAUGGGCAGGAUGGAAUCCCGGUCAUAAUUUCUAAUGGACGGGAUACACGAUGUAUGAUAAAGACGCCAUUAUAUUUUAUUUUAAUUUAUUUAUUUUAGGAAAGUUUUAAUUUUCGUGUUUUUUUUGGUGUAAAACAUAAUGUUAUUUGCAGUCUCUGGAAUUAUAAAAAGGAGAAUUAGGAGUUAAUAUUGAUUUCUAAUUAAUGUGUAAAGAAUUAGAAAUGAGACUGUAAAUAACAUGGUGGAUUUGAUUUUAUUAAAGCAAUGUAAUAUUUAUUUUUAUUUUUAUUUCUUUUUAUUUAAUUGUUAUUGAUUUGGGAUUAGGUGGAUGUGAAUUGAGAUACUUGAAAAAGUUGGGUGUCUUUUGUGUUUGUCAUUUUGUAAUUUAAAAUAUUAUUCUUUCUUUUAUGUUUUUUUAUCCUUUCUACAAGUCAGAUGUUGGAAAUUGUAUUGUGCAUGUGUCUGUAUUUAUUUGAAUUCACAUUGACAAUCAAUACAUACAUGUGAAAAUUUUUUA